GGAGUCUGGACUACCCACCGUCUCAUUCAAACUAAUCCAACCCCCGUCACCAAAAACAACUCUCAACCCUUGAGCCUUCUGGAUCCAAACAACAUUUUUGGUUUUCCUUCUUUCUCUCUCUUCCUCUCACCCCCAAACCACCCUCUGUCUCAGGUGACGUCAUGUCGGCCACCGCCGCCACCACCCCCACCACUCCCACCGCCGCCACCGCCAUUGACCGCCGCACCUACUGGUGCCACGAGUGCGACAUGAGCGUCACCCUCUCCCCGUCCUCCUCCUCCUCCCCCACCCUCCUCUGUCCCCACUGCCACAGCGACUUCCUCGAAGAAAUGGACUCCCCCAACCCCAACCCCAACCCCAACCCCACCGCCCCCAACUUCUCCUUCCAUUCCGAAAACUUCCUCCUCGACAGCCCCUACCUCCACCGCCUCAUUCACCACCUCACCCAUCCCUCCGACACCAACAACGACGGAAAUGACAGCAGCGACCUCCCCCCUCCUCGCUACCUCAAUCCCAAUUCCGUCGCCGCCUCCAGGGCUUCCCUCGAAGCCCUCCCUACCUUCAAAAUCACUCCCUCCUUCCUCCAACUCGAUCCCAUUUUGUUCUGUGCCGUCUGCAAGGAUCAGUUCGUCGUCGACGUUGAAGCCAAGCGGCUUCCCUGCAACCAUAUCUACCAUUCUGAUUGUAUUCUCCCCUGGCUCUCGCAGCAGAAUUCGUGUCCGCUGUGUCGGUUUCGGCUCCCCACGGAUGAGGGUGAGGAUUCGGGGGAUGCGGGGGCGACCGUCACGAUGACCUUUGGGGAUUUGAUGGAGGACCAUGAGCUGUUUGGGCUGGGGAGUACUUUGAGGCACAUUGCCCGGAGGAAUAGGCUGGUCUUUCCGGCCUUGUCUGCGGAGGGGCAGGCGCAGGCACAGGGUGAAAGUCUAGGGCCUGAUAACAGUGUGGAGACUGUUUCCAGCUGGCCUCGUCAGGUUUUGGUUGGCGGCGGUGGCGGCGGUGGUGGUGAUGCAGAUUUUGGGGCCGGUGCUGUGGCGAAUGAGGAUGCUGAUGCUAUGAUGCCUGAAGUUAGGGUAUCGGGUUCUGUUUCGGCUUCAUCUUGAGGUAAUGUAUAGCUGACUGUUACAUGGAAUCUGAGGGGUAUUUUAUCACCAUACCUCGUCUAAUGAAGUGUAAAUCUACAGAGGAAGGCGGUCUAAUAACCCAAUGUUAUGUGUGAUCUGUAUUCUCUCUCUGUUGUUUUCUGCAGCAAUGGGGAAGGAACUCUUUGCUUUGUAAUGAUGCUCUUGUGAACUAGUUUCUAUCAUGUUUUUGGUUAAUAAAUUUCCAAGGUCAAGCUGCUUUUUUUCCCCCCCUUUUUUUCUCUAUUGCAUUUUAAUUGCCAGACUGCAGCCACUGCAAGGCCAUCAAACUGCCAAUUAUCAUCAUUGUGGGAAAAUAUUCAAAGUCUUGUUGUGUCCUUCACUUCAUCUAGAUGAGCAUCUUUCACACGUUUGUAAGGGUCCAGCUCCAUCUUACCAACAUUUAUCCCAUCAUUCUAACCCGGUGGGUGCAUUCGAGCAAGACCAUGAUUUUCUCAUUAGACCCAAUUCUUUGGCAGAUGAUUGGAUACUGAAAAUUCUUUAAAGGGAUUUUCGAUUUUGGGUUAUAAAAUUGUAUAUAAAAUUUGAGAUAAUUCUUACUUAAAGAUAAGGAAUACAUUGCCCACUGUGGGUGUGCUUCCUUUGUCCUCAGGCUGCUUGUCAAUUAGCCCACUAGAUGGUUCUAUGCUUAUAUUAAGCAUAUGCUAUUGUAGUAGUCAAGAGUCAAGACACGUUUCUUUUGGUUUUUUUAUUUUUUUUAUUUUUUAUUUAAUAUAUAUUUCAUUUUCAUUUUACAUCAUGUGGGCGGUGGACAAAAGCAAAGCGAUAUGGAUGAUGGAUUCCAAUAUUUAUAUCCACGGAAGCAACACGGCACGGACUCUAUCUGUUGGAUCUGGACUGUGACACGGACACCCAGGCUGCCACUCGUGUUGUACAAGCAAAAAUCCAACAUGCAGUCACACCCACACACUUGGAAACAAGCUCUGCCAAACCCUUCUCUUUUUUUUUUUUCACUGUUUGCCACAUCUUCAACAUUCUGAUCAAACUCCCCUUGAAUGAAGCUUCCUCAAUCAACUUCCAAGAAGACCCACAAGUCAGACAAUGACCAGACUUGAGGCCCUCAAUGAGGGAAAGUGAGAAACUUCUCUGCUUCCACCUAGAGCACCUUUGGUUUUACUUUUAUUUUGCCCUGCACCACACAUGACACCAUUCAUUUGAAUAUUUUGUUAUCCAUGUGGAUCUAAGUUGGAUGAGCUGAAAAGUCAGAGAGGUCGGCUUCCCCUUUUAUAUAAGAGACUUUGCAUGGAACAAUUUUCAUUCACUUCUCUCCGAUCCAAUCAGCCUUACAAAAUCAAUUAGUCUAGCUAAUCUUCAGCCAUGGCCUUUGAGAGCAGCUUAGCAGACAUGGUGUUGAAGGUGGGCAUGUUUGUUCUUGUCCAAGCUUUGGUUUAUCUGAUCCUUUCCAAGUCUUCCAACAUCUUCUCCAAGAACCCGAAGAGAUCUCACAGGUUCAAACCAGCCCGGUCUGUCAGUAUUCGUCGAGUUCUUGCUUGUCUUGCUGACCUACCCCCUGGAGGCGAACUCUCUCCUUCUCCUUCUCCAAAGGGCCCUCAGUUGCUUCCCCCACAAAAUUCAGCAACUGACCCUCAGACUCCCACAUCUUAAGAGACUUCCAUGCAUGGAUUUGUAGCAGAGCAGAAGAUUGCUGAUGGCUUGGCUUCUUGUGAUAGAUUUUAGACGUGACUUGAAUUUGAUAUUUAUCUGAAUUUAAGUUAUUCUUUUGUUUUGUAAAUUUGGUAGUCAAUCUAAAUACCAUAUUAUAGUUUUGAAAAUUUUACUUAUUAAGACUAGUUGUAUGCUUUAAGGUAGUUGAAUUUCAAUGAUCCUUUUGAUGUUUUGGGGAAACCACCCAUAUCCAGCCUCUGUAUUCCCUUGUGCUUUGUAAUGGUAAACAUUCACAAUCUUGUGGAACC